AUGGCAAGUAGCUCAACAUCUUCAAUGCUUGGCAACUCAGAUCAGACAUCUAAUGGCACUAAGUUGAUGAGACUGAUUUUGGAUGGUGGAACAGAAGCAUUGAGGAACGUCUUUAGAAACAUUCAUGCUGCUGGAAAUUUACAGGUUGUAUUAUAUAUCAAUCAGCGCAUUCUUUCUAACCUUAAAAAAAGCAAAAUAAUCAAUCAAAAACAAUGGGAUAAAUUAUACCCUGUCCCUCCCAACCGACCAAAUAUUAAUGAUCUUGACGUUACCUUAUUAUCUGUUCUUUUAAGAAACAUAUGUGGCUUAUCACCACCAUGUUCCGGUUGGGACAACAAGCCGAAUGUUGGGGAUCAUUCCGUUGUAGCAGAUAUCGUUCGUAUUAAGUUAUUUCGUAAUGAGCGUUUUGGCCACAUAGCUAAAACAGCUGUUAAUACGGCAGAUUUUAAGAUUUUCUGGGCAGAAAUAAGUUUGCCAUUAGUUCGUUUAGGGAUAGAUCGGAAGGAAAUAGAUAGAUUAGAAAACGAGGAGUGUGCGGAAGAGGAAGUAGAGUGAGUGGUGAAUGAAUGGAAUGAAUGUGAUAACAAAAUUGUGAAUGCUUUGGAAGAAAAUAGGAACGUUUUGAAUGAAAACAGGAACGUUUUGAAUGACAUCAAAGAUGAUGUGAAAGCUCUUACUAAAAAAGACAAGGAAUCCCGAUCUGACGGCAUUUUGAACAAACACCUUGUAUGGUGUGAUUUUCAGACAGAGAUCGAGUUGUAUAAUGCUAAAUUUACGAAGGGUACUCGGGAAUGGGUAUUUGAAAAUCUUUCAACUUGGUUUAAUGAUGAAACUUCAAAAAGUCGCGCAUUUGUUAUAUGUGGUCUUCCUGGCAUGGGUAAGUCCGUUAUUGCUGCUGUUAUCUGUAAAAGGUUUGCCGAGCACGUUGGUGCAUCUCAUUUCUUUCAAUACAAUAACAGUCAAUACAGCAAUCCAAAUUUCUUUCUUCAGUCUUUAGCUUGGCACUUAUGUAAAAUUGUACCUUUAUACAAAGAAGCUCUUAUCCAGAAGCUGUCUGGCAAUCUCGGACAAUCCUUGAAUAGUAUGAAUAUUGAAGGAUUAUUUUCUAUUCUUUUUAAAGAACCAUUCUCGGGUAUUGCGGAACCUGGAAAGCGCAUAUUGAUUGUUCUAGAUGCUGUUGAUGAAAGUGAGUACCAUGGAAGGGAUGAGCUUGCUAAUUUGAUCUCAGAUCAGUUGCACAAAACCCCUUCUUAUAUUCGUUUUGUGAUCACCACGAGACCAGAGAAAAAUCUUCUCGAUAAAUUUAAAGAACUUAACCCUUUGUAUGUUGAACCUAAUGAUAUACGAAAUUUGAACGACAUCAUACUGGUACUGCAAGAAAGAAUUUCAACUGCGAAUCGACCUACAAAAGAUUUUAUAAAUAAUAUAGCUGAAACGUCUGGUGGUUUAAUGCUUAAUGCUUUUUUUCUUUCAGAAAUGUUUAAGGAUGAACCAUCCAUCCUUAGUAGUUCAAACAGUUUACCAAAGGGUGUUAAGGAGUAUUAUAAAAAAUAUUUCCAAAGACUAGAACGCGAAUUAAAUCUUUUGGAAAUUUCCGAUGAUAAAUUCUUGUCAUUUUUAAGUGCUCUUGCAGUUGCUAAUGAAGCGUUGCCAGAGGCGUUUGUUACAACCCUGUUUGGUUUUAAGAAUUCUCCAACGGCCAGAAGAAAGGUGACAAAAGCCAUUAAUUCAAUUUCGUCUCUUCUUGUGCUCACGGAAGACAAAUCUAUUUCGAUCUUUCAUAAAUCAAUAAGAGAUUGGCUUGUUGACAACUCCGAGCAUGAUUACUCUGUUGAUGUUCAAUAUGGUCAUAAGAUCCUUUUUGAUAUAUGUGUUAAGAUAUUAGAUGAUUUGAAGAAAACUGGCGUGAGUAAUGAAGGUCUUGCGUGUGUUGCUGUCAAGUAUGCAUUAAAACACUGCAUAGAGCAUUUGCUAAGUGGACCAGAAGAUAGAGAAAAACUAGUGUGCUUUGUAAGUUACUAUGUUGCAGACUUGGAAGUUAUGUUUGCUAGUGUUUGUGUCAAUGUAGAUCUUACUUUGAACAAUUGCAGUCGCCUUAUGAAUCAUGAGAUCUACAAAAAUGUUUCUGAGAACAUCAGAAAAACGUUGAACCGUUUGAUUUUUGUAAUAGGAAAGUUUGACAUCUUAUUCAGAGACUAUCCCCAAACAUUCUUACAGAACGUGUAUUUUGAGGGUGGAGAAGAACUUUCAUUUAAGGCUUCCAAUUUGCUUCAGACACGUUACAAGGAUAUAACUUAUUUGGAAUUGGUCAACAAAGACAGGAAAAAUGACGCGCUUGAAGCCCGUUUUCUUCUUUCUGGCAAAAUAUCAGGUAUUGACAUAUCUCCUAAACAUGAUUACGUUAUCUGUAGUUACAUAGCCGGUGGGAUCGAACUCUUUUCGUUAGCAGCUGGUAAGUCUGAGUGGAAAAUACAAGAUUUCUUGGUCAAAGUUCCUGCUGUUCCAUUCAUUCCUGAUCGUAAUUAUGACACAUGUACGUUGCCUCAUUGUAUUGUUUUUCACCCUCAUGAAAGCUUGAUACUUCCUGGGAGACUAGAUAAGGUGCUGACAUUGCAGGGAACAUUUACAGUUAGUCCAUUUCAAUCUGAUGAAGCUAGUUCUAUAUUUACAAAUUGUUGUUUUUCCUUAGAUGGUAACAGAAUGGUAACAUAUUUCAGCAAUUGUUUGAUUGUUUGGAAUGUAUUAAGCGCCAUUAAGGAAAGAUGCCUUCCAUGUAAUACGCUAUAUUCGUUUUCUUUUACUGCUAGUGGUAAUUUUUUGGGCACUACCGAUAUUGAAAACGCUUUCGCGGUUUACGAUGUGACGAAUGAUUACAAAGUUAUUUCGAAAAGAAUUGAUUGCAACUCCCCCGUGGAAAUUGUUUCUACACUUGAUCAAAAUUUGUGGCUUUGUUCUGUUCAUCAAUGGUUACAAGUUGUUAAUCAUAACCUCUUUAUUUCCUCUAGCAGAUGCCAUCUUAAUAAAAUAGUUUUACCUAGUAAUGUCCACUCUUCUCGUGAAUUACAACGUUUCUUGCAACGUCCAGAGCAGUCUUGGUUUUCAAGAGUGAAGAAAAACCUCACUAACAAAUUUGGCUUGUCUAGGUAUGCUGCGAUUAGAUAUGUCUUAACAGAAGAUCAUGGUGUCUUGGUUUUCUCCUGUAAUUCAAAUAUCAUGAGCGUUUUUAAUAUAGAGGGUUUAAUGAAUACAGAGGAACAGGAGCCCAAUAUCAAUGACGCUGUUGUUUCUGACAUAUCUACAAAUGGUGAUUUUGUUUAUUUGAAUAACAGGGUGACCAAACGAUUUACCAUUUGUGAGCUUGGUACAAAAGAUAAGCAUUUAAAGGUUUUUCCAGAGUCAAAUAAGUUAAGUUUUCAAGUUGUGAGAGACGGUGUGAUUUUAUUAAGAGAUAGCGACACCCCAGAGCUCUGGAGUAGUGAUUUAGCAGAACGUCUCGCAAGCUUCGAUAAACUGGCUGGCACAAGUAGAUGCCUGUCAGUAUCGGACGAAGUAAUAGCUUGUGUGUACGAGGAUUCUAUUAAAUUUUUUGAUGUUUUUAGCGAACAAAUAACAUGCACAACGAUUUUUAAGGAAGGUAUUUUGUUGGUGCAUGCAUGCAGCAUUAAAUACUAUGUUCUCGCAGAGACAGUGUCCAAUGAAAUUCCUUUUUGGGAUUACGCGCUGAUGCAGUCUGGUAAAACUUCUUUACUGAAGGAUGGAGAGAUAGUAAAAGGUUGGGGAAAUGUUUUUGAUACUCAACUGCGAGAAAUUUUCGCCGAAUUUUCUCCUGAGGGAAAUAGAUUAGCAUUGUCCAGUACAGCAAGUAACAAAAUAGUAAUAUUUGAUGUAGUCUCAAAAGGUUUUCUUGCACAUGUUCCUAUUUAUGUGGCAUUUUACGACCUUUUAUGGUUGAAGUUUUUUGACGACGAAAACUUAUUGUGUAGCUCUGCCAAUCGUAUGUUAUACUUUAUAAACGUAGAGCGUGGUGAAAUUUUAACGUGUGUGGAUGUUGGUGAUAAUCCAGUACCAAUUUCUAUCUGUCGUAAACGAGGCAUUGUUUGUGCUGGCCUUGAUUGGUCAGAAAAUUUUGACUUGAUUAAAGUUGCCUUGCCUCGCUAG